AUGGCACGCCAUGAAGAUGCGGUGCUUGCGGGAGAUGCGGUGUUUGCGGGAGAUGCGGUGCUUGCAGGAGAUGUGGUGCUUGCGGGAGAUGAUGCUCUCAAUCUCACAGCACCCGUUGGUACCGAGAAGCAUCACGAGGGCGUGGACGUGGUUGAUCUGCUGCCCGGCCCCAUCUGGCACAUCAUCUUCCGCCACCUGCUGGACGAACGGGAUCAUGACUCCAAGUCCUCAUUCGCGUCGCACUGCGAUGACUCCUCCUCAGUUGCAUCGCAGCAGGGAGCUGCCACUGGCAGAACGGAGGGAACUGGCAGCGCGGAGGGAACUGGCAGCACGGAGGGAACUGGCAGCACGGAGGGAACUGGCAGCACGGAGGGAACUGGCAGCACGGAGGGAACUGGCAGCACGGAGGGAACUGGCAGCACGGAGGGAACUGGCAGCACGGAGGGAACUGGCAGCAUGGAAUCCGGUGCCACAGCCACUCCACCUUCUGACAUCGCAGCAGGGGACUCCCGGUGGCACGCAGAGGCCGUGGAUUUCUUCGGCUCGUCGUGGCCUCUGCUGCGCUAUGCCAUGGCCAGCAAAAGGCUCCUACAGCAUGUCGUCUCCUUCUCCGAAUUGGAGCCCAAGGCGCUGCCCUUCAACACCAAAGUCCCCCAGGUGUCAGGAAUGCUCUCCUUCUUCCUCCGACACGCGCCUCAUACGUCCCUUGAUCUCCUUCUCAACACCUCCCAAGACCUGCUCUGCAUCGACCGUCUCUUGCGGCCCUCUGCGCGCUCCCUCACAAGCCUAAGCAUUGAACUCUACGACCCGAGUGGCCAGGUUUCUCAGGAGAGGCAGCUGCUGAUGCGUCCGGCUUUUCUGGGGGAGUUUGAGCAGCUGCAGAAGCUGGAGUUAGGCUGUGGGAUUUGGAAACUAGACAAGCUGAAUCCAGCAAGGUUCCGGGCUUUAAGGAGUCUGUGCAUCCAGGAUUUCGAGUGCGACAGACGUGCUCUGUCCUUUCUCUCAUCCGUCGCACCGCAGCUGCAUGAACUUGAUCUUUCCUCCUCGAGGCAUGGCUGUGGCACCACUACGCUCGAUCUUGAGCUCACCAGUGCUCGAGCUAUCUCAGUCUGCUUUGAGAAUCAAUCGGUCAACCUCUGCUUCGCCGUCGCUCCCUCUUUGAAGGCCUUCUCUGCCGCUGCCAAGUUUCUCAACGUCCACUGCACAUGUGACAGCCCCCUCUAUCUCAACUUACUUUCUCUGACUGGCCGCGCACAUCUCUCCGUUUCUUCUCUCCCAAUAUCUUCCGCCAAAUUUGUCUACUGGAACGAUUUAACCACCAAAGCUCACUUGACGCACCUGCUCAGCCAUAUAGCGCCGACAGUUGAGAGGCUUAGGAUGAGGUAUGACUGGCCUCUGGUGGGUGUGCAUGAGGAGUGGAGCAGCCUGCUCGCCCUUACCAUUGGCGCGGACCGUUACGACGAGGAGUUUUAUUUCGAUGAUGAGAAACUGGCCGACACAGACGAUUCGUAUUUCUUGAGGUGCUUCGGUGGGGAAACAGGGAGCCCGUUCAUCUCCGAAGCUGGAGUAUAUUUCCGUUGCCACUAA